UUUAUUUUAUCGCAUUUAUUUAUUUGCAUUCACCGGAAUAAUAAAAAUGAGAAAAUCCGAGAGCUGCUUUUGGCUGCUCUCCACCAACCUGUCAGUGACGCAAGCGGAGACUACUUAAAGGCAGAUUAGAGGCAGCAAGACACUAAAAGCCAACCUUCCUCCCACCACGCCGCGGGUCCGCCGCGCCGCCCCACGAACCUAGCGGGCCGGGCCGGUGGCGGCCGCCGCGGGGCCCCGAGCCCAGCCCAGCCGAGCCGAGGCCAGCCCGGCCCAGCGGAGCCGAGUCAGCGGAGCCCUCGGCACGGCUGCCGCUUCCAGCCGCCUUCCCGCCACCGGACUGCGGGCGGUAGAGAGGCGUUGCUCUUUUGUUUGAUCUUCCUCAAAAAGAGGCGGGGGGGAGAGGAAGGAAGAAGUGAAGAGAUCCUCUCCGCUUCCCAAAGUCUUUGUCUCCGGAUGAACAGCGAUGGGGGAAUGGACUAUUCUAGAGAGGCUACUGGAAGCUGCCGUGCAGCAGCAUUCUACUAUGAUCGGGAGGAUCCUGCUGACCGUGGUGGUGAUCUUCAGGAUACUCAUUGUGGCCAUUGUAGGGGAGACGGUGUACGAUGACGAGCAAACUAUGUUUGUGUGUAACACGCUGCAGCCAGGCUGCAACCAGGCUUGUUACGACCAGGCUUUCCCUAUUUCUCACAUAAGGUACUGGGUGUUCCAGAUCAUCAUGGUGUGCACUCCCAGCCUUUGCUUCAUAACAUACUCUGUUCACCAGUCUGCUAAGCAGAGGGAGCGGAGGUACUCCACAGUCUUCCUCACCUUGGAGAGGGACCAGGAUUCCAUGAAGCGUGAGGACAGUAAGAAAAUCAAGAACACGAUUGUCAAUGGGGUGCUGCAGAACACUGAGAACUCCACCAAAGAGGCAGAACCAGACUGCUUAGAAGUGAAGGAAAUCCCCAAUCCUGCUAUCAGAACUACAAAGUCAAAGAUGAGGAGGCAAGAAGGCAUUUCUCGAUUUUAUAUCAUCCAAGUGGUCUUUCGAAAUGCCCUAGAGAUUGGAUUCUUAGUGGGACAGUAUUUUCUGUAUGGAUUCAAUGUCCCUUCCAUGUAUGAAUGUGACAGAUACCCUUGCAUUAAAGAAGUAGAGUGCUAUGUCUCUAGACCCACUGAGAAGACUGUAUUCUUGGUAUUCAUGUUUGCUGUCAGUGGGAUUUGUGUGGUGCUCAAUUUGGCAGAACUGAACCACUUGGGCUGGAGAAAGAUCAAAAUGGCAGUGAGAGGAGUACAGGCAAAAAGGAAAUCCAUAUACGAAAUCAGAAACAAGGACCUGCCAAGAAUGAGCAUGCCCAACUUUGGCAGGACUCAGUCAAGUGACUCAGCUUAUGUGUGAGGCUGUGACAGAACUGAAACACUGUGCCAGGUGGAACAGACCCAGAUACCAUUAGAGAAAGGUACAUUGCUUAGGCAAGCAUUUUAUCAAACCACCAAGAAAGCCAUUAAGGUAUUGGAUCUGCACUUACUGAACUAGCUGCAGAAUGCAGUACUAUGUAAAGGACUGAAAAACCACCUAUAAACCCACGCUUGAUCUAGCCUUACAGCACAGCUACUAUUAUUCCUACUUUUCUUUCUAAUGAUUGGGUGUUACCCGUCGAUGGAACAGCUUUUUUGGUCAUCAUUAGGAUAAGUUUACAGUUUGGACUGUCUGACUAAUUGUUGUAAAUGUGUAGAAUGUUCAUAUUAAAAAUCUGCAAGGAUAUUCUAUAUGGGGUGGGGUGGGGGAAACUGUUGCAAUGUGCAGAUGUAAGCAUGAUUUAAAAGGAGGGUAAUUGCACUGUAAGGAGCCUGACCACAGCUCAAUAACGAUAUCUGCAUUCACCUAUCUCACGGAUGUCUUAUAUUAUUUUGCUUGUCUAAAUCACAGAGUUUAUUCCUAGUGUGUAUUACUAGCUAUUUUCUAUCAUAGUUUGUGCAUCAAUUAGUUAUGCUAAACAAUAAAUGCUGAAUAUAAUUUUGCCAUUUUUUUGUUUACCUGUCCACACACACACACCAGAGACCUUAAUCAUCUUACAUUAGCUGUGAUCUGCAGAGUAUAUCAGUACAUUUCAGUUCAUUCCCUAAUAUGUGCAUGAGUAAGAUGGAGUUGGUUUAUGCCAGCCAAGUUAUGUAUUUACCUACAAUUAGCUAUGACACACAUACCAAAGGAACAGAGUUCAUUUGCUUUUAACUGUGAAUAUAUCACCUUCUCUCUGCUCUUAUUUAUAUAAGUGCCAUACUUGAAACAUCUAAUUCUGUACUUAGUCAAAAGGUUGUCUUGGGAUACCAGCUGGAAUAAAGUGAUUUUAUACUCUC